CAGUCACCUGCCUCCUUCAGAUCUGGUGUUCAGACUCUUGCACGUUUAGGUUCCAGGAAAUUGCCCAACCCCUCAUUCCCUUUGGGAUCUUGGGUCUAACUUCUCCCUCCUGAGCCUGCGUCAGUUGUCAACUCUGAGUCAAAGAUUCUCACCCUCCCCCCACUUCCCCAGGCUAUUCUGAGGGCACCGGUCUGAUCUUGGUUAGCUUCUCUGGUGAAAGAAACAUCAGGAUUGCAUCAGGGUCCAGGAGGAGGAGGCUGGGAUGUUUGGUGUGUGAGUGCCUGGGCUGGGAUUUGUGGGCAGGUUGGUCUGAAGCUCCCACACCAGGACUCCUGUGUCCUUGAGGAGAACGCUUGGGUCAUGCAGCACUUGCUGCUUUCUUAAUGACCAAGGAACCUCAGUGUCUGACUCCCAGAAACCCAGAAAGUCAGGUGAGAUGCAGAAACGCCAGAGGAACCUCAGUGUCUGACCCCCAGAAACCCAGAAAGUCAGGUGAGAUGCAGAAACGCCAGUUGUGGGACACCAUCUGCAUCAGUCAGGCAGAGAGGUGGAUCCCAGCCCCCUUCCUGCUCAGACUCAGGAGUCCAGGCCGCCAGCCCCCUCCUCCCUCAGACCCAAGAGCCUGAACCCCCAGCCUCCUGCUUCUUCAGACCCACGAGUCUGAAACCCCAGCUCCCUCCUGCCUCAGACCAAACGGUCUGAGCCCCCAGCCCCUUUCACUCAGGUCCCACUUCAUCACAUUUCUAUCCCCCUGAUGCCUCAGACCCAGGAGCCCAGGGCCUCAGCUGGAAGGACCCCUGAUUGCAUCAUCCGUUCAGGCUGACCUGGCCACCGUGGAAUUCUAGCAUCUGCCAUGUGGGUCAAAUAUCAAGGGUCAAGCGUCGGGAAGGUGAUUGGGCGGGUCUGUCUGGGUAUAAAUUCUGGAGUAUCUGCAUUCUUCCCAAGAGAUUUGGGUGUCCUGUCAGCUGUGAAUCUGCGUGCAAGAGGACCCAGGCAUUUCAGCUACCAGAGAAGCCAUCGUGAAUCUGCUCUCCCCGACAGCCAGGCUCUGAAACAGAAUCUAGACCAUUCAGGUCUUCAAAGCCCAGACCCCAUACCUCACUUGAGGACGUGAACCAUUGAUGGGCUGGGACAAGACCAAACUCGAGCACCUGGGACUGUGGGUCCCUGUGCUAGCUGUCCUGCUGGGACCCUGCCAGGCACAUCCCAUUCCUGACUCCAGCCCCCUCCUCCAAUUUGGGGGCCAAGUCCGCCAGCGAUACCUCUACACGGAUGAUGCCCAGGAGACGGAGGCCCACCUGGAGAUCAGGGCUGAUGGCACAGUGGUGGGGACGGCCCGCCGGAGCCCCGAAAGUCUUCUGGAGCUGAAAGCCCUAAAGCCAGGGGUCAUUCAAAUCUUGGGAGUUAAAACAUCCAGGUUCCUGUGCCAGGGGCCAGAGGGGAGGCUGUAUGGAUCGCUCCACUUCAACCCCCAGGCCUGCAGCUUCCGGGAGCUGCUUCUUGAAGAUGGAUACAACGUUUACCAGUCUGAGGCUCUUGGCAUUCCCCUCCGCCUGCCCCCGCACCGCUCCUCCAACUGGGACCUGGCCCCCCGGGGACCUGCUCGCUUCCUGCCGCUGCCAGGCUUCCUCCCGCCACCCCUGGAGCCUCCAGGGAUCUUGGCCCCCGAGCCUCCCAACGUGGGUUCCUCGGACCCCUUGAACAUGGUGGGACCUUCACAUGGCCGAAGCCCCAGCUACACUUCCUGAAGCUACAGGCUGUUUAUUACUGAGUCUCCUCUUUAUUUAUUGUAUUAUUUAUCUUAUUUAUUUUCUUUUUUUUCUAACUUGAAAUAAUAAAGAGUCUGAGAGGAGGA